CUGCUAAGAGCAGAUACAGCUUCUUACUUGUCUCUUCAAGCCGCGACGCUCUGACUGCGAAAAACACGGCUUCAGAAAGUCUCGUCGCGGGAGGUAAAAAUAUUUGUCUUAGGGAUAGUAGAUUGGCAAAAAUGAAUGUCCGGAACAUCUUCAAGAAGUAGACUCCAGAGAAAUAAGAACUGUAGAAGAUUGAAGCAGAUUUAUUUUGAUCAUUGACACGAUGUCAUCUGCUCCUCUUGUGCCGACUCUUCGGGCUGGAAUCUUCUAAGACCUCCACGACCCUUCUUCAUUGGUCGGCGAUUCUUUUCCGGCACCACGAAGAAUUCAUCGGUGCAGGAGUUUGGGCACCUCUUUCUGUGUGCCGCUGCUAGCUGGCCAGGACCAACUACGCAGGAGCUGCAAUUGUCUUGACAUUGGCGUCGUCCCUCGAUUCAAACGAAACAAUAAGAACAAACCCUGUACACAACUUGUUGAGCAAAGACAAAAAACCAAAAAACCACAAAAAAACUUUUUUACAUUUUUUUUGAUAUCUUCAACUCCCCACACCGCCUCUUCCAGCCGGGGAGAAGUGGUAUUUCCGAUACGAGUUGUCGGGCAGAUUUGCGGAGCCGGAGGAUCAUCGUCUUCCGCGCGCUGCAGUUUGCUGGCCGAGGCUGCGUCUGCCGUGGCUUGCCAAGUUUUGAGUGCGACAUACAGCCUCGGGGGCAGCAGCAGGAGCAGCGAGGUUGGUGAUGUACUGUACUCCUAGCCGUAACCAGUAGCGAGAACAAGUAGAGCAGCAGGGGCAGGGCUGCACGGUCGUCGUGGAGCACCGCCACUAGAAAGCUUCUUGCUUCGUCCUCAUCCUGCAGGGCGCUGGUGCUUUCCGCAACCUUGGACCAGCUCCGUCGACCGCAGCUACGUCUCGUGAGCCAGCACCGUGUAGUCAGGUCGCUAUUUCUAUAGGGAAAAUCGGCGAAAAAGAUGAAGAUACGAUAGAUUCCUGAGUGGAAUAUCGUCGCCGUGCUGUUCACGUCGAAUGAUGAACAAGUUGUGCAAGAUCUUUCUUCGUCACCAACUAAACCCGUAUCAACAAAACUUCUAGAACAACUUCUUCAAAGUCAAACACGAACUCCAAGAAGACAUCGGGUCGUUUCUUGCCGCGGCACGGGACGCGGCAACUGAGUGAGGAUCAGGCGAUGAAUAACUACCCCCACACCUCCUCGGCUAGCAGUCAUGAUACCAGCGAGGAGAGUAUCACAGGAAAAAGUGUUAACGUUAACGGAAUUUGUGAUACAGAAAUGCAUCCCAAUAAACCGUGCCAAAAUUUGAAUUUGUGAUGCUUAGCAUGCAUGCUAGGCAAAAUUUGUCAUGCAUUUUUGCAAUCUAUGAAUGAAACAAAACCGUAUAACGUUAACACUUUUUCCUGUGAUAGACAGCAGCUGUUCAUCGAGCACCAGUGCCUCGGCUUCGACGAGAGGUCAAGGCACCGCGUCAUCGAACGGAGGCACGAAUCUUAAAAAGGGCGCUCUCGUCGAUAAUCACAUCAACCUCUCCGCCGGUGGAACAAGAGGAGGACCUCCGGGCAACGGGGGAAAUAAUGCAAAUAACCCGAUCAACAUACCCGGUGCCGGUCCAGGUCCAGGAACUUCCACAACAUCAGCAAGUACCACAAUUUCAGGAAAUAACACACAUCUCCUGCCCGGAAACGGAACUAGUGCAACAACAACAAACGGCAACAUCAAUAGUAACGGGGCGCAGUCGCCGCCGGUGGACAUUUUGCAAAGCCUCAAGUUCAACAUCAAAACGUCCUCGUCCAUGCUGCUCGAGCGCGGCAUAUCGCAAAAUCAGCAAGGAGGUUCGACGCAUGGGGGCGGCAGCCAAGCGUCCAACAACUUUAACAAGUACAGCAGCAACAUCAGCGAGGCCCCGUCCACGAUAUCCUGCAGUACUUCGACCGCACAACUUCUCCAGGACGUCGUAUCGUAAAGAAAAAUCCCCCCUCCCCAUAUUGAAAACGCAUCCGUCUGAAAAUUUGUGAUGCACAUUUGUGACCUCAAAUCUUGUCUGUCUUGCAAGAAGGCAAGUCCAGAGAGCCCCCUGCAUUUUGCAGGCGGUUUGUGAUGCUGUUGGGCUUAGAGCAUACACGUUUGUCAUGCUAGGCGCCUACGUCAAAACCUCUCGGCCGAGGCUUGACAUAUGCCCGCAGUCCUCUACUGCAAGACAAAUCUGAUUUGUGUACGGAAAUCCAGCAUCAGAAACUUCGUCUCGAUAUGGGGAGGGGGAAUCUUUCCUCUUGAUACGUCGGGGGCGCAUCCCCGUCCGCGGGCUCCUAUCAGCAUCUUAUCCUGAGUAAAAACAUCCCUACCCCAUAGUUGUUAUGCAGAUUUGCGAUUACAGUAAGAUUUGCAAUGCGCAUCUCCAUGAGAGGUAUUUCCAAUCGCCUUCUGGAAUUUGUAAUGCUGUAAACAGCAGAAGCAGAUGGGUUUGUGAUUCGGUUGUCCUUGCUAACAUGCACUAGACUACGGACUGCAACUUGUCAUGCGUGGAUCCCAAAACCUCUGGAUUUGUGUUGCUAAGUUCCCAACUUGACUACGGGGUGGGGACGUUUUUUCAUAUGAUACAUCUGCAAGGGACGACUACAACCGGAGCUGUGUCUUCCUCUAGUACAGCGUCUCUAGUAGACCCCAUGGCGCGGGCGAAGGAGAAGCCGCCGCCGGGCGACCGCGCGCCGGUGCGGGCGACACGGGUGCAGCUGACAAAAGGGCACCGGCCGGUGGUGGCCCACGAGAUUCCGCUCUACGUCGCGCUCCAGGACAUAUCGCGGCCCGGGGAGGCAAAGACCAUUCCCUUCGAGGACAAAACGGGAAAGGAACGCGAGGGGCUGGUUUCGUACAUCUGGAGCCGGGGACCGAGGAUCAAAAGCUGCUACUUUCAUAUCCAAGGAAAAAAGUGAUACAGUUACACAUGUGUUGGAAUUUUAGCAUCACAAAUUUGCUCUGCAUGGCGAAGAUGAAGAAAACUUGUAAUGCGCAGACUAUAAGAGAAGAAAUGAGGCUGGCACGCGUUUCCUGCAUGACAGGGCUUGUCUGUCUUGCUUGUCUUGCACGAGAGUGUGUAACUGUAACACUUUUUUCUCACGAUAUUUCACCCGCACAAGAUGGGCCGGUUCCAGGCCAUCGAGAAGAACUACCAGACCUACUGCUCCAAGGAAUGUCUCAUCAAGGGGUGGUCGUGCCGCUCCGCCCUGGCCACCUCGGACAUUCGUGCCUUGGGACUGGCGGAGUGCGCGGAACCUUGUAUAAUUAGAUUUACUUUUGUUGUUGUUGGUCUCGGUUGUGUGUAGUUCUGUAAGUUUUCUUCGUCCACGUAUAAAAGAACAUGAUGAAAAAAAGUUUUUACUUUUGUUCAUACUAUCAAAAACAGCUGACUUCUGGGCUCACGUGGUGUACAGCAAAGGCACUUGGGAGGUUGUUGGCACAGAGAAGAAAUACAUCCCAACGCUACGCGACGUCGGCCACCCUCUGCGUUUGGACGUACAUGAUGCUUUUUCUGUUGCACGAAGUAUGGUUUAAUGCCUUCGAGGUAAAGAAGUGAAGGACAAGAAACCGCACGGCAAAACUCCAUGAGGUUGAGAUUGUUGUUGUUCUUAACUUAACUACAAGCGGAAAAAUGUAAUACCAUGUUUAUUUUAGGUUGUCCCCUGGCGGCCGGAAGGGGAGGAGCAACCAGGGGAGAGCAAAAGCAUCAUCACGGGCACGGUGCUGGACAAACCCCAUGAAGCCAGGACCCGGUCGAUGAUGACAGCUUAUUCGAUGGACGGGGCCUGGCUUCAUCAACAGUUCAAGGUAUGAGUUUUCAUCGUAUCGCCGUCGUAAUUAUGCAUGUUGAUCAUUUUCCCUACUUUUCAUCCAGCAAGAACGUCGAAUGAGUAUGCAGAUGCUUUUAGCGGGCGGACGCCAGUUUGUACUUAGUUGAAGUUGUAAGAAAGUUGUACCAUUUUACUAGUUCAUCAAAAAAAAAUUCACAGUUGAUGAAUUGGAACAUCCUUGCCGAUCAGUAUUGCAACGAAGCUCAAUACCCCUACGCGGAACCCUGGGUGCUCGCUUGGGAUUACCGAAAGCACCUGAUUUAUGGCAAGAAAAAACUGUUUCACUGUGAACUUGUAAUGCAGAAAACGAAACACCAAAGUGUUUGCCUUGCUACACCUGCAAGACAUUGGAUUUUCAUCAAGCGUUUCCCUUGGGAAGCGCGCAUGGCAAAUUUUCUGUGUCAUGUGUAUACAAACUUGUGAUGCAGAUCUUGCAAAAUCACCACAGUGAAGCAGUUUCUUCGUGGGAUAUAAUCCUGCAGGAGAUUCGCUCCAUCGCCGCAGACAUUGUAACCCUGCAAGAGGUCGAGCAAGGUAACUUUACGUCUACAGGUCGAUGGAACAAUUUUCUGGUGCUGAAUUAAUAGAACAAGUGUACAACCUAACAAUUUCGGAAUUCUGUCUGCUCCCCUCUCUAAUCUCUGUCAACGUGCUCGUGAGCAGCUUGUUGCAGACGUCCAUCAGGACGAGGAUGAAAAAAUUGAAUUUAUCAUCUUCGAUAUAAAAACAGACAUCUUCGAGACGUGGCUCCGCGAUGAGAUGGCGGCAGACGGGUAUGCUGGGGUUUACCAAGCCAAAAAACGUGAGCCGAUCUUCGUGCGUGGACGGUACUGCGUGGAAGGGUGCGCGACCUUCUGGAAGAAAUCCAGGUUUGAGUGCUGCGGGCACGAGAUUUGCGACUUCGACGAGGAAACAAACGCUUGGUUUGCGCACAACCCCGUGCAAUUCCGAAGCUACGAGGGAAGCAUGCAGCGGCUCUCGAAGGGAAACAUUGCACUCUUCGUCACGCUCGAGGACAAAAGAAUACGGGCGACCAAAGAGCAAUUUCGGGGCCCCAACGGUUGGUUGUUACUUAUGCAAUGACGUACGGUCUUUGUCUUUCGAUGCUGGUUUAUGUCGAAGUUCAUUUGCUCGCAAGAAUGCGAACAGCUUUAUUUCCCAAUACGUAAAUACGUCCUAUUCCUUUCAGGUGGUCACCAGCUCGUGGUUUGCAACACGCACAUCGUGGCGGCCGCGGAAUCGACGGAUGUGAAAAUGCUGCAGUCCUGCAUUCUGCUCGAGUACCUGCGCAAGUACCAGGGCGUCCCCCACCUCGUGUGCGGCGAUUUUAACAGCACGCCAGAGUCCGCGGUGUACGAAAUGUGGAGCCGGGGACAGGUGCCGGACCUCGAGCACCCGGACAUCAAAGCUAGCGACAAGCACAAGCUCGUGGAAACGCUGGCCAGGUCACGCGGGCUAAACCACUCCAUGAAGCUGCUUUCCGGGUAGUACAACUACUGGGGAGUGAAUUUUUGUUGAGCAUUCACAAAAGAUGAAAACUUUAACAUUGCAUGCGUUUUCUCGUCUUGGACUGCUUUUGUUUUUGAUGUUUGCAUUUCGCUUUCAGUUUCAACCCUGAUGUAUGGCAGAUUAUACGUUGUAUACCUGUCUCCUUACCCUGCAAAUCUACUACUUGAUUUCAGGUAUGAAGCCGUGGACAAGAAGGAACCCUUGUAUACCAACUACACGGAGAAUUUCAAGGGGACGCUCGAUUACGUGUGGUUUUCCGCGGAGUUGCUCGCCGUGCUCGCGUACCAAAUGUAAAAAUGUCUGGGUCUGGAAGAGUCAUGCUGUUUUUGCAUGACACAGAAGGUCUGGCAUGGAAGCUCUAGCAUUACAGGUUUCGAGAAGCUUCCGCAAUGUCGCAUCCGCAUGACAAAUCCCCCACUUUGGUGAGAGAAAGGGGGCAGCUUUUGCUACCCAUGCAUGAGAGAUUUUUCUGCGUUGUGCAAUGUGCAUCACAAGUUGGGAUUCUUCCAGACCCAGACAUUUUUACACUUGAUAUCGCGAUCAGCAAGGUUGACGAGGAGGAGGCGCUCCUGGAGGAGGCGGCCUUGCCGUCGUCCACCCGCCCGUCGGACCACAUCGCGCUGGUGGUUUCCGUUUUGUUCGCAACCGAGGACACGACGAGGAUACGGGAGAUGCGGCACGAGCAGAUACGCAUGGUGAGCGAGAACCGCGUAUUGUGAGGAAAAACCCCCCGUCCCCAUACUAAAAAUGCAAAUUCGUGCUGCUGAUUUAUGACCACAAAGCAGCUCUGUCUUGCAUAUGCGGCAAAUGGGAACCAUUUUGCGCAUUCCACAGCCAAUCUGUGAUGCGCUUUUGCCUACUGCAGUUGCAGAAACGUCUGCCAUGCCUAACUGCUAGCCUUUUACAUACGUAAUCAGACUUGAGAAAUGCCUGCAAGCGCCGGCUGCAAUACAACGCUGAUCUGUGUACGGAAAUCCAGCAACAGAAAUUUGCUCUUUUGUAUUGGGUGGGGGAUUUUUUCACGUUGAUGCCGUGCCAAGGCGCUGGCCGCCAAGAAGCUGAACGCGCACGCCGCGAGCUUCGUGCCCCGGUCGAACCUGCUGGAGCCCACGCUGACCCACCCACCGAUGACCGCACCCAUGCCCCCGCCUACCAACCACAGCUCGCACCCCCACAUCGGGAACCCGAACAACCCGAACGGGGCCCACGGCGCCCAGGUCAAUUCCGCGCCCUCGGGGCCACCGCUGGGGUCGUCGCAACAGCCUCCGGGCGGUGGACCACAACUGGUGCCUGGGCAACCAGGGAGCUUGGGCAAUCCGCAGAACAACAACCCCGGCGGGGGUCCGCCGGGCGGGAGAAGUAACAACCUGCCGCAGACGCGCGUGCAGCCCCCACCCUUGUUCCAGCCCAUGAUGCGGGACCAGCAGCCGUGGCACACCGGCCGCGCGGAAAUUCGCACCACUACCGCGCCACCCCCGCUGUCGACCCUGCAGCGAACGGGCAGGCUAGGGCCGCACAGCGACCUCGUAGGUGGACCCGGGCCGCCGCCGAAACAGGACGAGGUAAGGAGAAUUGUUUUGGAAUAAAGCAAUUCUGGUCUCUGGAGAAUGAAUCGGACGUCCAAUCUUUUCCGAUAGGGUCAUACGGGUAGUUGGCUUUGAAUAUAAUUUUUGAUCACUUUGGAUUUUUAGCGAAGAGUAAUGUGAAAUUCCACAACAGCCGCCUGGUCCCCCCGGGCCGCCGCGGGAGCACGAGAUGCCACACCAGCGCGUUGAUUUGAUGGAACAAUUUCUGCGGCAAAAUAUCAAAUGCAAAAAUGUCCGGGUCUGGAAGGAUGCGAACUUGUGGUGCAUGUUGCGGAUCAUACAAAAAUCUAUGUUGCGUGACUUGCAGAAGGUGCUCACUUCUGAUCAUGCCGAGAGGGUAUUUCUCAUGCAGAACAGGCAGCACAAAGGGGCUGCAGAUCCUGUGAUGCUAGGCCCUGCAUUCCAGACUUGGUGGAGCUUGGAAAAACUGCAUGACAAAUCUCAGAGUCUUCCAGACCCAGAUAUAUUUGCAUUCGAUGGAAAACGGCGAGAAACGCAAGAAGCGCAGCAAGGAGUCGAAGGCAGCCGGCGGUCCCCCAGGGCCGGGGCCACCGGGGGUCGACAACACCACGGGCAGCUUGCUUGACGGAAGCCAACUAAAGCCGCCGAACAACACGGGGUCCGACCAGCCGGGCGCGCCACCACCGUGGCCACCCCCCGAGAGCGGCGUGAGUGGGCAGGGACCGUCCGGGCCGAGCAGCGCUGCGAGCGGCGGUCAGCGCCGCCCCAUGGUGCUGCAGAGACCGAACAAGCAGGACCUGUUGCAGGGCUUGCUCCCGCCCCCACUGAAUAAGGAGCAGAAGGCGCCACACUUGUCCUCCAGCAGUUCGGCCAACACGUUCGACACCCCGGGCGGCACGACCUUUCUCAUGCAGCUCGCGCACAACCGCGGCAGCAACGGGCCACCGGGUAGUUCCGGGAACAAUAACCACGGGCCGCCCGGCGGUGGACCUCCCAACAGCGGGGGGCCGCAGGGGCAGAACCAGAGCCACAUGUUAUUACAGGGAAAAGUGCCCCUCACCCCUGAAAUUGCAAAUAUUUGUGAUGCGCAGUUUCCAAAUGAAAACUUUUUGUCAUGCAUGAAAGGAGUAUGAAUCUUUCUGAUGCAGAGUUUCGGCGUGGAUCGCAUCGCUUGCAUGACAGGCGCCGCUCUUGCUGGGGUCUUUUGCAAUACAAAUUUUCGCUAUUCACGAUUGGAAACCUGUGAUGCUGACAGAUGCAAGAGGGCGAGUGUUUCACUUGCAAAGGUUUGCAAUACAAAUGCUGCCAAGUUCGGGGGUGGGGGCAUUUUUCACUUUGAUACACGUCGCAGAUUCCGCAGCUCAUGGCGCAGCAGCACGCGGCCAGCAAUUCCAUGCCACCGCAGCAGCCGAUAGGUGGUCCGCACGGCGGUGGCCGGGGCCGCGUAGAGUCUGCAACCACCUUGUCGGCGAAGCACCAGCUCAGUUUCGCCGCGCAGCAGCUGGGAAGAAGCAAUCAGGAGUAUCGUUCUACUACAUUUAUUUCUUGCGUCAGGACGGGGCAUGAUGAUGAUCCGUAUCAUGAUCUUCAGGACGAGCAACACCAGGAUGGUGUUAAAGAUACUAUCCUAGUAGCUCCUUCGCCCUUGUUGUCAUCUGUGCACAAUAAUGUAGAUGCGGCAGUAGAGAUGAACUUGCAGGCUAGCGGUACAAUUACGACUUCUGCCAGUAGUACUGGCGUGAAUGUCAAUCAUGUCGGUCCCCCGUGUUGCAGCACCGCUUCAGCACUUGAUGGCGAUAAACACCGGUCACUUUCUACCCAAAACGACGCGAUGAUGAAAGCCUUCACGCCUGCGACGACGACGACUAGGUCUCGUCCCCCGUCCUCUCCCCCUAGGAGCUCCUGCAGUAGUUCGAUAUUCAAAAAUGAUCACCUACCUGCAGCAGGGCUUGACGGUCUGAUCGCGCUCACAGAAAGUAAAGAAAAAGAUAUUAAGGAAUCUCCCGGAAGUAAUACGAGAUCGUGGUGCGACAAGAUGAAGAACUCUAGUAGUCUGCUGACUUCCGAACAACCGGAGGUGCUGAACAGCGCAAAUAUGUUGGAUUCCAGCUGCAAAAUAAACGCGAAGAACGCAGGAGAAGCCCUGAAUGUUGAUAAAUGCUCGACGAGAAGAACAAAUAAUAACCGUAAAAAAUCCAUCUCGUCCUUCAUGCAUCGCAACCGAGAGAUUGCGGCGAAAGCGCUUGAAAACGUCUAUAAGCGGCGCCGUGUCAGCUCUACUGCGCUCCUGCUUGGUGGAGGACAUCAAGAAGAACAUGAACAGCAAGCCGCGCCUUCUCGAGAUGUUGAAAUCGUUCCAAAGGACGUGGUAAAAACGCCGCCCGGGGCCGCGACUGCGCCGAAUAAAGGUAUCAGCAUCCUCGGCCUGCUGCGGCAGGAUGGAGCUGGAGAUGAUCUUCACGAGAAUACUUGUUCUACUUCAACUACGCACAACUGUGGUAUGACGAAGAGCUGCAGGUGGAAACUGUGGAAACAGCAAAAGAACGAGAUCAUAGCAAGUGCAAAUAAAAAAUCAUCUACCACCAAGGACUCGGAACGAAUUAAGCACGCAGGUGAGCAGCCAGCAGAUGCUCUUUGUCUACUUCCACUAGGAGUGGCCGGACCUUCCUAUCCACAGGAGCUUGGUCCUCGUCUUCACGGGGAAAAUCAAAAUAGUAAAUCUUUCUUACCAGAACGGAAAACCACCACAACUACACCCACCACGGACGGCGGCCGCGAAAAAGCGAGCAGUGGGCAUUCCAUUUCUCCGCCUGGAGGUGGUGGUGCCGAAGUAGUAGAAGAGCAGCGGCGACAAGGACGAGAUAGUCCUUUCCAGCAGCGACCAGCAGAGGACCAGUUUUCAUUCAUGCAUCCUUCUAGUAGUACGGCCGGUAGACGAGCUCCUUCUGGCUGCUCUACUAACACGUUUCAUCCAGAGACAAUGGCGGGCUCCUCGGGCUGCGCGAAAACAACGAGGACCGGGGAUGGUGCUAACAGUACGAUGUAUGACAGCUUGGGUCCUCACGACAAUGUCAACAUGACGGGGAGCUCCACCAGCAUGAUGGCGCAGCUGCCCAUGGCCAUGCCUCCACCAGCGUGGAAUAUGCUCUUCCACGCGCCAAGUUAUACUACAAGCACCCAAAAUUUUUUUUUCGACCCGAGUUCUUGUCCUUCCGGGAGUUGUGGCGGAUCCUUUGUAGGCGUCAAUAUUGAAGAUUCGCGAUCUGCUCCUCCUUCACAGGCGUUCUUUAGUCCCAGCUGCGGCGAGCAGACAGGGGCGGUUUACAGCAAUCAGAACAUCAUGAUCAGCAGCACGCAAGACCAAAAUGGGAAUCGCGAACAUGAUCUUCCUUACCAGCAUUACAAUGCGGAGACUUUUACGACAGAUGGGAAUAAUUAUAACUACAACCCUUUUUUCACGACGACCCCUAGUAUGGCACUGUAUCCCAGUGGCAUCCAGUUCAACAAUUGGCUCUACUACAACAAUGCUAGAAGAGGGCGAAGCUGA